GAGAUGCAGAGGCUGUUUCAGCUUCUCUGUUGGCUGUUACAGAAGAAUCACAGGGAGAAACCCCACUGUGCCUUUAAUCUUGCUGGUUUGGAGACAGUGGCAGCUGUGAAAAAGGAGCAAAAGGAGAAAACCAGAUUGAUUUUCAGAGCCUAACUUACUUGGGCUUGGUCCCACUGCAAGCGUCAAGCACUUAUAUCUGCAGAACUUUCUUUUGCUAGAUUUUCUUUCAGGUGGAAGAAUAUCAGGACUGUUCCCCCUUGCAAAAGAAACACCACCACCCUUCUACCAUAGGCUAGAAAUGUCAUUUUAGGAAUUAACAGUUGCUUAGAUGUGCUAAUACUGCUUGAUCUGCUUCACUCUUCUGUGGCGAAAGGAAAAGAACAGAACAAAACAGACAUGGAUGGACUGAGACGAGAACGUGGAAAUGGAUCUUGGCUUUUUAAUCCUUCUACAAGCUCCACACUUGUGGACCCAUUCUUACAACCCUUGGACUUGAUUGAACCCUGGAACUUCCACCUGAUCUCUGCCUUGAUGUUUGUGGUGACUUCUCUGUCCUUGUCUGAAAACUUCACUGUCAUCCUUGUUACUAUUAAAUUCAAACAGCUGAGGCAGCCUCUCAACUAUGUCAUUGUGAAUCUCUCUGUGGCUGAUUUCCUUGUCUCUUUGAUUGGGGGCACAAUUAGUUUUUCGACGAAUCUGAAGGGUUAUUUUUACAUGGGCCACUGGGCGUGUGUGUUGGAAGGAUUUGCAGUCACUUUCUUUGGAAUAGUUGCCCUCUGGUCACUUGCCCUACUUGCAUUUGAGCGCUACGUUGUGAUUUGCCGACCCAUGGGAAAUAUGCGCCUCAGGGGGAAACAUGCUGCUCUGGGUAUAGCCUUUGUGUGGAUUUUCUCCUUUAUCUGGACUGUCCCUCCUAUAAUGGGCUGGAGCAGCUAUACCACCAGCAAGAUUGGGACUACCUGUGAACCCAACUGGUAUUCUGGAGACUACAAUGAUCAUACUUUCAUUAUUACAUUCUUUACUACCUGUUUCAUCCUGCCAUUAUUGGUGAUUUUGGUAUCCUAUGGAAAAUUGAUGCGGAAACUUAGAAAGGUUUCAGACACCCAAAGCAGACUGGGUGCUACAAGAAAGCCUGAAAGACAAGUUACUAGGAUGGUUGUUAUUAUGAUCCUUGCGUUUUUAAUCUGCUGGUCUCCAUAUGCAGCCUUUUCAGUCUUGGUCACUGCCUGCCCUUCUAUUGAACUGGAUCCUCGUCUUGCUGCAAUCCCAGCUUUCUUUUCAAAAACAGCUACAGUUUACAACCCAGUUAUCUAUGUCUUUAUGAACAGCCAGUUCCGAAAGUGUCUGGUCCAGUUGUUCAGAUGCAGCGAUCAAGAGAUUGUAGACACCAAUGUGAAUCCAGUUUCGGAGAAGGCAACACUAACCCACACCAAACACUGUGAGGAGCUGUCCACAGUAGCUGCCCAUGUUACAGUUUUCAAUCAAAGAAGUGAGGAUGAACAUAGCAGCUGCCAUUCCCUUACUCAGCUGGCAAUUUCAGAGAACAAAGUUUGUCCAGUGUGAAUGCAACUUUUGAAGACGAUGAGUCAGAAGAACUUUAAAUCAUCCCAAUUUUACCAUUCCCUUGUACAGCCAACAAGAAUGCCAAGACUCAAAGCAGAAAACAUUUUGCUAGCCAGUAUUAUUACAUGCUUUAUCCAAAUUCAUCUGAUGUUUUUUCUAGAGUGAAUUUCUAAUGUGCAUAUUUAAGCUUUAUAGCAUACAAGAUGCUGGCCAUGUUAUGUAACUUGAGCAAAUACAUAUAAAGGUCUGUGGUUGAGAUUCACAGCACCAAAUUUUCAACAGGAACAUUUUUAACACUUUUCUCUGCCUUAUUUGAUUGAAACUGAGCUAGGCAGAACAAAGUAGAACAUGAGGGCUGAUAUUAUUAAGCAAAAAAGAAAACCAGCCAGCAUCAGUGCAGUCAGAGCUUCCCAAAAUAUUUCAAAGCAGAAGACUAUAUGAGAGUUUGUGGUAUGAAAGUUAAUGAUAUAUUGCAUGUGUAAGAUGUGCAUGCUGUAUUUAUUUAUACACUCGUUUGUAUCCUGGUUGUCUUGUACGGACAAUAUACCUACCUCCAUUUUGAGGUAGGUUGGGAUCUUCAUUAUUGAAUGGGGGUGUGAACCUAGUCUUAAACUUUUGCGCUGUUUGACUUCAGAUCAAAAAGGCUGGCUCCCAACUUUGCCACCAUUUUGCUUCCUGCAUGCCUAUCCUAUCCUUCUUUAUGUGAGCUGACAUACAGAAGAAAAAUAGCUUUGCAGUAUGAGCCUUCUUCCACUUGUUCCACUGUGUAAUGAGAACAGGGUGUGUGAGAAUUUUUGUGCACCUGGGAACCGGCCCUAUUGUUAAACAGUGAGGCAGCCAACUUUGGCAGCAGACCUGGGAUAUCGUGACAAGCUAAAGAAUUAUUAGAGAAGUACUUGAGGGGUGUUUUGUCUUCUGUGCCGAAAUAGCUGGUUUAGCUUAACUUGAAGGAGGUGAUCAGGACCAGUGUUUGCUGCUACACCAUAGGUGGAAAAAUGUUUUGGGAUGGCCUGCACUGGAGAAAUUAUAAGGCCGUGCUAUCAUUCUUCAGUCAUCUGUUACUGGGUGGGAAGGGAAAAGAGAACUCAGGGAAGGAGUAUAACAAACCAUGUGUAUCUGGUUUGGGUUUGAUGUCAUGGAUCUUAGUAUCCCCACCUUUCUCAGUCUUUGAAAUAAAGCCAUC